AGUAGUGUGGCGCGUGACCAUGUGCCUCUUCUCCAAACCACCUCCGCUCGCCCUCGUGGCUGCCCUGCUCCUCGCUGCUGCUGUGGUGAGCCCUUCGUACCUCCACCCGGACGAGCAUCACCAGACGGCAGAGCUGGUGGCGCCAAGCGUGCUCGCCACACGCCCGCAUCUGCCGUGGGAGGCCACGGCGGCGGCUCCGCUUCGCUCGUUGUACAUUCCUUGGCUCGUGGCCGGCCUUCCAUGGAUGCUCAUCUCGGCCAUCGCCCCGUCAGCUCUCACUCCGUCGGUCAUCGUCGCCGCGCCGCGCAUCGCCUCGGCCCUCUUCAUCGCCCUUCCGGCGCACUGCUGCGUCAUGGCGCUAGCACGCGCCCUCAGCAAAGAUGUUCCCGACGCAGGCGUAGCUGGUCGACCAGGUAGCGCUGCGUCGGCAUCGAGCCCGCGCAAGGCUUCGGUGCGGUCGACGAGUCAGGUCCGCCGCGAGGGUCUGCGGCUGCGGCAUCGGCACUCGGUGACCGACGAGGAGCCGCUGGCUUCGGCACAGCCGCCGCCGAGCUCGGUCGGUGACGCGCAUGGUUUUGUGGCAAGCGUCGGGUGGCUGAUGGCGACAGCGUGGCCGGUGCUGAUCAUCGGCGCCCGCCCCCUGGCCAACGGGGUUGAGGCGGCGGCGGCGGCGGCGGCGUUGUUGACCGCCGACCGCUGGCGGCGGCGCGAUUGCAACGCCAGCGACAUUGUCCCCGUCGCGGUUGUCGUGGCCCUGGGGAUCUACUUGCGGCCAUCGUUUCUGGGCUUUGCCGGCGGCCUCGCUCUCGUCAUGGCGAGCUGGGCCGGGUGGGACCCCAAGCGGAUGUUCGGCUCUGUGGCGGUUGGCCUGGCGGUGGUGGCUGGUGUCUGGCUCGCUGCAGCCUGCGGCGAGACACUGCUUUAUAGGUAUACGCUCUCUGAUCACACCGGGCACAACUACGAAGCGCUUGUGGUGCCGCCGAUCAACUUUGUGGCGUACAAUGGCGACGCAGCGUCGGUGGCGAGCCACGGCCUCCACCCGCGGGCGACACACGCACUUGUCAACACAGUCAUGCUCUUCGGCCCGCUUUGGGCGAUGGCGGGCUACGGGCUUGCUGCCGGGCGGCAAAUGAGCGCGGGCCUGCGGUGGGUAAUGGUGCCUGCGCUCGCCUUCCUCUGCCUGCUCUCUAUCGUCCCGCACCAGGAGCCACGCUUCCUGGCGCCGAUGAUGGCCAGCGUGGCGGUGCUCGGCGCCGGGGCGGUGCAGGAGCUGGGCCCGAUCGGGCGAAAGCGAUUCUGGGCGUCAUGGGCGGUGUUUAAUCUUGCAACACUCGGCGUUUUCGGCGUCCUCCAUCAGGGUGGCGUUGUGCCCGGCGCGGUGUGGGUGGCCAGCGAGGCUGGGCCGGACGCCACGGUUGUCGGCUUCCACACGUACAUGCUCCCCGCGCAUGUCAUUGCGCGAUCUGGAGCUAGAGUAGUGGAUCUCGGCGGCACGGGCGUGUCGGCACUGGUGGAGGCGCUGAGCAGGUCGGGUGGACGGGCGUUUGUUCUCGCGCCGUCGACUCGCCACCGCCUUCUUUCCGCACCUCUCGUUUGA